GAGAGAUAUUUAUAGCCCCCAGGGAAGUUUUUCGCUGGGGGAGCCCCAGAGUCGGUGGCCGGCGAACCCAAGGCCCCAGCGGCGGCCUCCGCCCCUCCUGCUAGCCAUGCUACGGGGCCCGGAGACCCCGGUGCAGGUGUGGGUGGGCGGCCAGCUCUUCGAGGCCGACCGCGCCCUGCUGGUGGAGCACUGCGGUUUCUUCCGCGGCCUCUUCCGCUCUGGCAUGCGGGAGGCACGCGCGGCCGAGGUGCGCCUGGGCGUUCUGAGCGCGGGCGGCUUCCGUGCCACGCUGCAGGUGCUGCGCGGCGAGCGGCCGGCGCUGGCGGCGGAGGACGAGCUGCUGCAGGCGGUGGAGUGCGCCGCCUUCCUGCAGGCGCCGGCGCUGGCGCGCUUCCUGGAGCACAGCCUCACGUCGGACAACUGCGCUUUGCUGUGCGACGCGGCCGCCGCCUUCGGCCUGCGCGACGUGUUCCACAGCGCCGCGCUUUUCAUCCGCGACGGCGAGCGUGAGUUGGCUGCUGAGCUGGCGCUGCCCGAGGCCCGCGCCUACGUGGCAGAGCUGCGGCCCAGCAGUUACGUGGCGGUGAGCACGCACACGCCCGCGCCGGGCUUCCUGGAGGACGCGUCGCGCACGAUGUGCUACCUGGACGAGGAGGAGAACGCGUGGCGCACGCUGGCCGCGCUGCCCCUGGAGGCCAGCACGUUGCUGGCCGGGGUGGCCACGCUGGGCAACAAGCUUUAUAUCGUGGGCGGAGUGCGCGGCGCCAGCAAGGAGGUGGUGGAGCUGGGCUUCUGCUACGACCCGGAUGGCGGCACGUGGCGCGAGUUCCCCAGCACGCACCAGCCGCGCUACGACAUGGCGCUGGCUGGCUUCGACGGUUGCCUCUACGCCAUCGGCGGCGAGUUCCAGAGGACCCCCAUCAGCUCCGUGGAGCGCUACGACCCGGCCGCCGGCUGCUGGAGCUUCGUGGCCGACCUGCCGCAGCCGGCCGCUAGCGUGCCGUGCGCCCAGGCGCGUGGCCGCCUCUUUGUGUGCCUGUGGCGGCCGGCUGACACCACCGCUGUGGUGGAGUACGCGGCGCGGGCUGACGCGUGGCUGCCGGUGGCCGAGCUGCGACAUCCACAGAGCUAUGGCCACUGCAUGGUGGCACACCGCGACAGCCUCUACGUGGUGCGCAACGGACCUUCAGACGACUUCCUGCACUGUGUCAUCGACUGCCUCAACCUGGCUACGGGCCAGUGGACGUCGCUGCCCGGCCAGUUCGUCAACAGCAAGGGAGCGCUCUUCACGGCCGUGGUGCGCGGCGACACCGUCUAUACGGUCAACCGCAUGUUCACGCUGCUCUACGCCAUCGAGGGCGGCACCUGGCGGCUGCUCAGGGAGAAGGUCGGCUUCCCACGGCCAGGCUCCUUGCAGACCUUUCUCCUAAGGCUGCCUCUCGGCGCUCCUGGGCCUGUGGCUUCGACAACGCCAGAACUGUGACCUCUGGGCCGGCUUUAGGAGGCAGAAGACGCCCCAGCUCCUCCCUAAGCUAUGGCUGAGUGUGUGAGGCCGGCCUUAGGACUAGCUGGCAACUUCCUUCUUUCUACUGAGACUCCCAGGUCUGGUGCCUUCUGAUGGUGUGGACAUGUUUAAGCAGGUCAGGGAGCAGCGACGAUGCCCUCAAAUUACUUGUGCUCUGCUGAGAGCUGGUGGGUCACAAUGUCAGUGAAAAGGGUAGGGGGAGUUGGGAUUCUAAUAAUCCCGGCUUGUAUAUAAUGGACUAGUGAUUGAGCGUGGCCUGGAGUGACUUAAGUGAUGCUAAUCAAACUGCCAAUAGUAGGCAAGAAUUAGGCGCCUACUGUAUGCGUGAUGCAGUGUAUGCCUAAUGAGAGCUGUAGUUGCCACACAGGGAUCCAGGAAGCUUAGAGGGUAGCCCAGAAAAAAGUCUUAACAGUUACAAAACAACAAAAAGGUUUACACACCCUUGUCUUGAUCCACAGAGGUGAAAGCAACAUGCAAAAAGUUUUAAAACCACCUACAAUAUAAUAAGAAAGUGCUGAAGAAAUCAGGGCAAAGGGAAAUAGGAAGAGGAAAAAUAGAAAACUCCAGAAAGGAGGAGAGUGUGCAAACUCUGUGGAGGAGAUGCACAGGGUACCAUCAGCUGCUGAAAGGGGAGGCUCAGCCCAUACAUAGAGGCUGAGAGCUCAGAAGAGAAGCAGGGUUGGAGAAGGCUGGAGCGGAUGGGGAGGGGCUCUGCAAAUGCACCCACACUGGUAGAGCAGCAGUACUUGGGGCAUCUGGAGAGGGGGUGAGGCUGUGCCAACUUGUAGCAGAUAGUGACUGAACUGAGCUUGGAAUGAGCCCUGCAGGGGUGAGAGAGGAUUCUCCACGUUCCCUAUUGGGAACCUUAGGGGAGCACCCAGGUAUAAGCCCUUGCCCACCUCCAUUUGGCCAUCACCAUGGGGGCAGUGGACUGUUAGCCCUGUUAGCCUGCAUGACUUCAGGUCACUCAAGGUAUGAGCUGAAUCCUGCCUCAUCCUCCUCAGUCGUAGCCCCUCCUUCACUUUUUUUUUUUUUUUUUUUUUUUUUGAGACGGAGUUUCGCUCUUGUUACCCAGGCUGGAGUGCAAUGGCGCGAUCUCGGCUCACUGCAACCUCCGCCUCCUGGGUUCAGGCAUUUCUCCUGCCUCAGCCUCCUGAGUAGCUGGGAUUACAGGCACGCGCCACCGUGCCCAGCUAAUUUUUUGUAUUUAGUAGAGAUGGGGUGUCACCGUGUUGACCAGGAUGGUCUUGAUCUCUUGACCUCGUGAUCCACCUGCCUCUACCUCCUAAAGUGCUGGGAUUACAGGCAUGAGCCACCACGCCCGGCUCCUCCUUCGCAUUCUACAGGUUUGUUCAUUUCCUGUCAUAUUCUGCCCUUCCCCUGGCAGGAAUGCCUUGUCUCCUGUUUCCCUGUCGGCGCUAUACCAUCCUUCUCUGUGCAGCAUUGGCUGACCUGGCUCUUCGUUUUCCUGACCUGAGCUGCCUGCGUUGCUCAUUGGACCCCCGGCUGUAACAUCAUUGUGUGUGCACAACUGCAUCUGCAGAUUGUAAGGACAGAGAUCCUGUUAACUGAGCUACGGUACUUCCUGCCCUGAUUAGAAUGAGGAUGUCUUGAAAGAACCCAGGCUACAGAGGCCGCUGGUUAGGAACCUAUUGCUGACCUCUGUUGUUGGAUGGGUACUUUUGUUCCUUCAUUCAAAAUCCUCAGCUCUGGCUUCUGGGCAGCUGCCUGUCCCGGCCCUCUCCAGCAUCUCUGUGGCCUUGGGAAGACUUCUCUGGGUGGUCCUGAUUGGUCUCCAUCCCCCAGGACCUGAGGCCCAUAGGGAUUCUUGGCCUCAUCAGAAGUGGAGAAUGCAGUGUUGGCAUGGCACCUCCCGGGGCAAGGAGGUUCAUGUCAGGGCUGCCCCUAGCAGCCUCUUCCCUUGGCCUAUGUCCCAGGCCUGGAGAAUGCUGUCUUCAGAAGCCUGGGACCUUCCAGCCCUGGAGUAGCCUAGUCUGAUUAGUCUCAACAAUAAACCCUUACUUUUGCAACUUGUGAAUGAUGUGCAAGGUCCUUUCACAUCCGCCUUUCCCCUCCAGAUCUACCUUGAGCCUAGUACCUGGGCACCCUCUUCUUGUAGCAGAAGCUGACCCACUAGUCCAAAGCCAGACAGCAUAGCCACAGAGUUCCUCACUUGUGGCUCUAUCAAGGUGUAAUUUUUUUUUUUUUUUUUGAUACUGGGUCUCAUUCUGUCACUCAGGCUGGAGUGUAGUGGUACAAUACUGCAGCCUUGGC